AGAAGACAGGCUGGGAAACGUGUUCUGUCUGAUUUAGAUUAAUAAUGGCUUCAGUGAGAGUAGCGGUCCGAGUCCGUCCAUUGAACAGAAGAGAAAAGCAGUUAUCCUCGAAGCUGAUAAUUCAUAUGAAAAGGAACACUACAUCUAUUCAUAAGCCUGCACCUAUUCGAGGCGAUGAGCUCAAAGGGCGAGGGAAGACCUUUUCUUAUGACUUCUCAUAUGAUUCAAGUGACAGAGGAAGCCCAACAUUUGCAUCCCAGGAGAGGAUUUUUCAUGACUUGGGGUCUGAUGUCCUGAAGGCUGCAUUUGAGGGCUUUAACGCCUGUGUGUUUGCCUAUGGCCAAACAGGCUCAGGGAAGUCUUACACCAUGAUGGGCCACACAGAUGAUAAAGGUUUAAUCCCACGGAUCUGUGAAGGCUUGUUCUACGAGAUAACUCAGAGAAGCACGAGUGAUGCCGUGUCAUUCUGUACAGAGGUCAGCUAUUUGGAGAUCUAUAAUGAACGUGUGCAGGACCUUCUCCAGAAGAGACAUGCACCCACAGAUGGUGGAGGCUUGAAAGUGAGAGAGCACCCCAGGGAUGGACCCUAUGUAGAGAAUCUGUCCAAGCACUUGGUACGCAACCACAGUGAUAUGGAGGACCUGAUCAUUCUCGGCAAUGCCAACCGCACCACAGCCAGCACAGGGAUGAAUAAUGUCAGCAGCCGUUCCCACGCCAUCUUCACCAUCAACUUCACCCAGGCCCGGUUUGAUGCGGAGUUGCCACGUGAGACGCUGAGUAAGAUCCACCUGGUAGACCUGGCGGGCAGCGAGAGAGCUGAUGCCACGCGCGCCACCGGCACCAGGCUGAAGGAAGGUGCCAACAUCAACAAAUCCCUGGUCACCCUGGGCAGUGUGAUCUCAGCUCUGGCUGACCUUAGUGUGGGCGGACAGUCAACAAAAAAGAAGAAGCAGAUCUUCAUUCCUUACAGAGACUCUGUGCUGACAUGGCUUCUAAAAGACAGCCUGGGUGGAAACUCUAUGACGACUAUGAUAGCAACCGUCUCUCCUGCUGAUGUGAACUACGGUGAGACCCUGAGCACUUUGCGCUACGCCAGCCGAGCUAAAAACAUCGUCAACUCUCCCACGGUGAACGAAGACGGCAGCGUAAAGGUGAUCAGGGAGCUGCAGGCAGAGGUUACCCGGCUCAGAAGGCUGCUUGAGGAAGCUAACCAGGUUUCCCGUGGGGAGAUGUCUUCCUCUGUGAAGGUAGAGGAGGAGCUGAAUCUGAAUGAGGGAAAGGUUCUAGCACUGACCAAGGAGUGGACCAGCAAAUGGGGCGAGACUCAGAGUAUUCUGAAGGAAGAGGCUGUGGCUCUGAGGAAGGAGGGGAGUGGAGUGGUCCUGGACUGCCAGUUACCUCAUCUGAUAGGAAUUGACGAAGACCUGCUCAGCACUGGAAUAAUCCUGUAUUAUUUGAAAGAGGGCAGAACCCUGAUUGGGAGUGACAAAGCAUCAUGCAGUCAGGAUAUUGUGCUUCAUGGGCCUGGGCUCCUCGGUGAACAUUGUGUGCUUGAGAACCAUGCUGGGGCCGUGACUCUGAUCCCUCAGGAUGGUGCACUGUGUUCAGUCAAUGGCUCUGUGGUAACUGAUCCCUGCCAGCUUACUCAGGGUGCCAUCACACAGCUAGGAAGAGGAACCAUACUCCGGUUUAACCACCCGACUGAAGCUGCCCAGCUCAGAGAGAAACGCCAGAGCGGGCUGCCAUCCUUGACUGACACGUCCAAAUCUACUGAGAAUCUGUCCAAGGUGAUGCUGCAAAAUCCAGGGAAGAUGGAAGAGAAGCUCAACCAGCAGGAGGUGGAAUGGCAGCAGGUCCAAGGAAGCCUGAACAGACGCAACCGGGACAUCAAAAGACUUUCAAAGGAAAGCAGUGGGGCUCCCUAUCAACCGAGAGCAGAAGAGAAGACAACAGGGGUAGAGAUGGAAGAGCCUGGCAAUGGCCAGAUGUCUGCUGAGACAGUUGAGUCCAAAGUGCCAAGCAGUGUUACCACAGUACAGAAGCUCAUGACUACAGCCAUGCCUGGAAAAUAUGCUGUCCCUCACUCUAGUUUUGAUUUGGAUGGAGACACUCUGCAGGGUAGGGUAAGCACCAGGGAUGGCCAGGAGCAGGAGAGGGACUUGUGUCAUAAAUCAGGGCCAGGGCUCAUGUCUGAGCGGCUGUGGAGGAAAGCUCAGAGCGGGGCUGCAGUUUCAAGUUAUAAGGGAGAGGAGGUUUGGUCAGGGGAUGCCAGCCUCCAGCAGACAAGUGUCCUGGGCCUGGGUGAUGGAUGUGGCACGAAGCCAGAGGGGAAUGCUAACGAGAUCCAAGGUGUCGUGGCUGACUGCUACAAGGGGAGACCCGACUCUGGUGGGAGCUCAUUAGGCAGAAUGUCCCACCUGCAGAGCAGUGGAGGAACUAACUCCGCGUCUGUCCUCCCACAGACCAACGCUCAUUCUCAGCUCGACAGAAAGUCUCUCAGCAGUCAAGCGGCCUGCUCUCCACCUGAGGAAACUACCUUCGAGGGCCAGUUCAGCUGUGGAGAGAUGGAUGAAUCUGGAGCUUUGGAUGAGAUCCCGGGAGUGGGCAUAACAGAGACUGACGCAGUUCAAAACUCAGGGCUGGGCUCUUUGGUCAGCAGAGUUUCUUGGAUUGUCCAGGAUGCAGGACGUCUCCUUUGGAGCUCUCCCACAGUAUUGCAGCAAGUCAGGGAAGAGGGACUACAGCCUGUUAGGGCCCGCUGGUCCAGUCAUGUUGUCACUCUGGUCAGAGAAAGUAGUGUUCUGUCUGUAGUAAAGGACAGCCAGGUCUUGUCCAUGGUUAAAGGGAGUUUUGUCUUCUCUCUGUUCAAAGAUAGCCACAUUUUUUCCAUGGUGAAAGAAUUACCUCUCAUACAGCACAUCCAGAUGGAGAUAACUCAAAACCUUCAGCCCGAGGAGGCAGCUAAGAUGAUUCAGGGCUGCAUUAAUCCAGAUACCACACAACUGCCAGUCCUGACACCAACGCAACCCUUUAGCAAGGCAGAAGAAUUACCAGAGGACGUGCCCCUAAUUACAGAAGAUGUCUGCAUGAGGAAGAAGAGUAUCACGGAUCUCAGGUUACCACAAGAGCAAGACGUGGCUGAUAUUCAAGCAAAACAAGACGACAAACUGGUUACAGAGCAAUUGCCAGUGAAACACAGCAGUGAGCCAGAGGUUGCCCAUGGACCUGAAGACAAAGAUCAGGCACUGGAGAACUCAAGGACUGUGCAGAAGAAAAAGGAUUACCAAAUCUUUUGUCAAACAUUAAUAACAUUUCCAGAAUCCCUUUUGAACCUGCAAACUCUGCCAUUGAUAGACUUGAUGGACACUUUACAGUCUAUCGUCCCCACCCCAGUUCUCACCUCCCAGAAGAUUGUAGCUCUCUAUUGGCUAAAUGUUGCUAAAUGUAGCCAACCUGAGCCUCGUCCUGCCCUCCUGAUCCUGCUGGAGACUGGCCUCUACACCCUGACCGCUGACUCUGGAUUCCUGGUUUUGUUCCAUCACCUCCCUUUGUUACAGCUGCAGGAAGUGCAGAUAACCUUAGCAGGCCAUAGUGUACGUUUAAUGGGCACUACAGAGGAGAGCAUCCUGGGUGUUUAUACCCACACCCAGAAGCUUACCAAAGAGCUGUGCUGGGCCAUACUUGGUGUCAUCUGCCCUGGGGACAACAGGGUGUCCCAGCAUCCUCUCCUCCAUGGAGACUUGAUGAAGAUGUCUUUAAACUGGGAUACCUAUGUACCUGACCUGUUGCUGGAUGCUGGCUUAAAGGUUUGCUGCCAGUUUCAGAAGCGUCUUGCUGAUCUAGUUUACCUUCUACAUUGUAACAUGGGUCAAAAAACAGUCGCUCUGGGAGACGUGCAGCUAGUACUUUACACAAGUGUAAGGGUGUGCAUCAACGGCAGUUACCACACUGAGCCUCUGGCCCAGCUUUUACUUACUGAUACCCACCUUGGCCUGGUGCAGGAGGAUGCUGUCUUUCACCCGGCUGCACGCUCUGCCACCAUAGCGCCCUGCCGUCUCCAAUUCCACGGCUUAACUCUACGUCAGCUCUCAGAUGUGCGCUGCGUGUUGGUGCAUGAUGAAGAUGAGUGCGGAGCUGUCAGACUGGAUGUAAUCCUAGCAAAUGUGAGGGGCAGGGGUCACCCUGAAAGCGUGACUAAGGCAGCUACCCCGCCUGCACAUGCUUCAAAUUCAUCUCCGCAUGCAGAAGUGUGGAAAUUAACUUUCAGUUGCUCCUCUGAGGCCGCCUGCCUGAUUAAUCACUUGUCAAAUGUCUGAUCAAGGACUGAACAGCCAGUAAUGAACAGCCCAGCUUGAAAACUCUCACUCACAAGGAGCAAUGGCAAAAGUGCAUCCCAACCAGACAGUGCAAAGGAUAGCUUCACUGUUAACUGACUGAACUGAAAACUAUGACCUAUUUUGAAGUUUCCAUGUUUUUGACAUUUUAAUAUUGCAGCACUUGAAGAUUUUAUCUUUAAAACACUUGAAUUUCUUUCUUUUCAUUGUUAUUGUUCUCUAACUACUACCUCUCAUUAUUAUUUGUGUCAGACUGUCAGUUUAAUGUGGGAUGUUUUAAAUAAUUAUGUUGAAGGUUAACAAAGAGGAUUAGAAACAUGUUUGUAUCAGUUUCAUGGGCAGUGUAAUAUUUUUAAAGAAUUUUAGAGUAUCAAUGUGACCAAAUUACCUCACUGUCAGGGUUACUUAAAUUGUAUAUAUGAAUGUCAAGUUGAUGCCAAUUUAAAAUAUUUUAUAUAAAAAAUAGAUCUAUUGAAAUGUGUGAAUAAGAUAGUAAAAA